CAGGGAAAGAGUGGAGGCUGGCCUUGGUUUAGCGUUACAAAACCCCACCUCUCUGUCCAGCCACGUUAAAUAGUCAAACCUUGGUCCCAGUCAAACUGAAACCGACAGAUUCAGCUUCAAGUUCAUCACAAGAGUGACACCACGAUGAAAGGAGACUCUGUCAACGCCGGCCUCGCCAAUUACACCAGCCAUGCCAGCGACUUGCCACCCUCUGAAGUGAAGAUGGAGGAGAGGGGUCAGUGGAGCAAUAAGCUGGAGUUCGUUCUGUCAGUCGCCGGCUCCAUCAUCGGCCUGGGCAACAUGUGGCGGUUCCCUUAUCUGUGCUACAAGAACGGGGGAGGUGCAUUCCUCAUCCCUUACCUGAUCUUCCUGUUUACUUGUGGUGUUCCCGUCUUCCUCCUGGAGGUAGCACUGGGCCAGUACACCAGUGAGGGAGGCAUUACCUGCUGGAGGAAGAUCAGUCCUUUGUUUGAAGGUCUUGGCUAUGGCACCCAGGUGAUAGUGACUCUGCUGAACUUCUAUUACAUCAUCGUUCUGGCUUGGGGGAUUUUCUAUCUGUCUUUCUCCUUCUCUUGGGACCUACCUUGGUCUUCCUGCAACAAUACGUGGAAUACAGAAAACUGUGUGGAGUUUCAGAGGAGAAACACCUCAACUGACCAAAUGAUCAAACCGAACACCACCUCUCCUGUCAUUGAGUUCUGGGAGAGAAGAGCACUAAGGAUUUCCCCAGGCAUUGACCAAAUGGGCUCGCUGAAUGGGGACCUGGCCCUGUGUCUGUUCAUCGCCUGGGUCAUGUGCUACUUCUGCAUCUGGAAGGGGGUGAAAUCCACAGGAAAGGUGGUCUACUUCACUGCGACCUUCCCCUACGUGAUGCUGAUUGUGCUGUUGAUCAGAGGACUCACCCUUCCUGGCGCUGGAAUCGGCAUCCAGUUCUACCUUUACCCUGAUUUGGGGCGACUGGCAGAUCCACAGGUGUGGAUGGAUGCUGGCACUCAGAUCUUCUUCUCCUAUGCCAUCUGUCUGGGGUCGCUGACUGCUCUGGGCAGUUACAAUAAAUAUAAUAAUAACUGCUAUAGAGACUGCCUGGCGCUGUGCUUUCUGAACAGUGGCACCAGCUUCAUGGCAGGCUUUGCGAUCUUCUCCAUCCUGGGUUUCAUGGCUUAUGAGCAAAAUGUUCCCAUUUCAGAAGUGGCAGAAUCUGGCCCUGGCCUGGCGUUCAUAGCUUACCCUCGUGCUGUGUCCAUGAUGCCCUUGUCUCCCUUGUGGGCGGCCCUCUUCUUCAUCAUGAUUGUUUUUCUAGGGCUGGACAGUCAGUUUGUGUGCGUGGAGAGCCUUGUGACGGCCAUCGUCGACAUGUACCCAGCCGUGUUCCGUCGAAAGUACCGCCGGGAGCUCUUCCUGUUAGCCGUGGUCCUGGUCUCCUUCCUCAUGGGCCUCGUCAUGCUUAUGGAGGGGGGCAUGUAUGUCUUUCAGCUCUUUGAUUACUAUGCAGCCAGCGGCAUGUGUCUUCUCUUCAUGUCCAUCUUUGAGACAGUUUGCAUUGCGUGGGUUUACGGCGCUGAUCGCUUUUAUGAUAACAUUGAAGAUAUGAUUGGUUACCGGCCAGGACCGUAUAUCAAGUGCUGUUGGUUGUUCUUCUCCCCUGCCACGUGCAUCGGCACCUUUGCAUUCUCCCUCAUUAAAUACACUCCUCUGAAGUACAACAAUGAGUAUGUGUACCCGUGGUGGGGAUAUGUGAUCGGCUGGCUGCUUGCUCUCUCCUCCAUGGUCUGCAUUCCACUUUGGAUGGUGUAUAAGAUCAGCACCACCCAGGGGACACUCAGAGAGCGCAUCCAGUUGCUCAUCAGACCAUCUGACGACUUACCUAAAACCAAGAGGGAGCAGGAGAGGUUACUGGCUAUCUUUGCUCCAGAGGUAGACACCACCAAGACUACAAAUGGCUACUUUCCCGUCUCUGAGGCGGACUCCACCUUGUGAGGCUUCAGUGGUCUGUGGGAUCCACUUACUUUAAUACAUAACAUACACGGUGGACUCAGGCGAAAGUAGUGGGUUGACGAUUUUUGAGUGAUAAAUUAAGGCAGAAGAAAUUAAAAAAAGUAGCCUGACAUUUGAAUUAAGAAUUUUCAGAGUGGAAAGGAGCGUUUUUCAGGGACAAAAGUAAUUUAGACAAACUUGUUCUUGAGUCUGUGAAUCCAUCGGUAAAGUUUAUAAGUAACCCAAGAAAAGCAAAGUCACGGGAGCAACAGGUGAAUCAUUGGAUGUUCACACCUAACACUUAGAGAGCAACUUCUUAAUGCUCCUUUAUGUAUCUGACAACACUGCAUGGCUGUUUUGUCAUAUUUGUAUCAUAUUGUUAUGUUGUGAUAAAUAACUGCAGAGGUUUUCCUUUUGUAUUUAGGGAAAAUUCGAUUAUGCUUAACAGUAGACAUAAUAGGAUGCAGAAUAAAUACAUGGAAAUGCAGAAUACUGAUAUGGACUAAUAUGGCAUAUAAACUGUAGUUUCAUUUUUUGUACUGUAACGUAUAAUGACUGUACAAAGAAACGUUACUGUUGUAAGUACGGAUUAAAAAAAUCUUUGUAUGUUG